AUGCCUAUACAGUACAAAUCACUCUCACUUAUUUUUUCUCCAAAUCUAGAGGCCUGCAGUCUGAAACCAGAUGAAGGGACGGGAGAUGAGGUUGUGAUUUAUAUGCACUACGAUGCAGAAAAAGACUCUUGUCAUCCAUUUCGGUACAGCGGGCAGGGUGGAAAUGCAAACCGUUUCAUAACCGAGAAGCAGUGCAUGAGAAACUGUUCAGACAGAGCUGAUCAGCUGUACCCUCAAGACGAGAGACAAGCUUGCAUGCUUCCAAAAGAAGUGGGGAAAUGUACUGGUCGCUAUCUCAGGUAUUACUACAGUCCUGAACAUCAAACAUGUAAGUCUUUCUACUGGACCGGAUGCGUGGGAAAUGGAAACCGAUUUCAAUGCAGCAGGUAUGUGAUUAAACUUAUAGUUAAUAAUAUAGGCCAAGAGGACUAUUCAGGUGAAUCAGGUGUAUCGGUCGGAAUUAUCUUGGGCGUUGCACUUGGUCUUAUUGGUGUCAUUAUUUUCACUGUGGUGAUUGUCUUUGCUGUCAAGAAGAAGUCUUCUCACAGCCAGGUGUCAUAUGAGAAGUGCAAAACAAAUAAUGUAUAUUAUAUACCCACAUAA